AUGGGCGAGGGAAGAGGCAGUGCAAGUAGCACAAGUGUUGUUACAAUGCUACUAUUAUGUAUGUUUGUGUUUCAUCCUAACAUGAUUCAUGCAGAAACAUACAUUGUUGGUGAUGGCCAAGGUUGGACCUUUGGUGUUCAAAGCUGGCCUGCAGGAAAAAUAUUCAGAGAAGGUGACAUACUUGUGUUCAAUUACAUUCCUUUGAUACACAAUGUGGUGAGAGUGAAUGAGUUUGGCUAUAAGUCAUGUGUAGCUCUAGGAGGAUCUGAGUUGCAUGCAUCUGGAGCAGAUAGAAUUAAACUUACUAAAGGAGCUAACUACUUCAUAUGUGCUGUUCCAGGUCAUUGUAAUCGAGGACAGAAAAUUGCAGUGAAUGCUUAUUAAUCUCUUAACUAAUGCCUUGUAAUUUUCAAUUUUUAUGAAUUUAUCUAUCCAAGGCAUCUUUUCAAGGCAGUGUUGUAAUUUUGCUUUUCGAGAUAUACUAAUGGAAAGGACUGCAUUGUUGUAUUGAA